GGGGGAGUUCCUUCACCUUUGCGUCCGCGUCUGCGUCAUCGCGUUGCGUUGCGUUGCGUUGCGUGUCUCCCGACUCCACCGGCCACCGCACCGCACCGCCGGCGCCCUGCCUGUGCCUGCCUGUAUUUCUCUCCCUCCCGGAACCGCCCCCGUCCCACAGAUCCCCCGUCCUCCGCUGCUUCUUCUCCCUGCGCGGACUCGCUCUCGCCAUCAGGAGAUUUCGCCCUCGACCCCGAUCCUGCUCCCCUCUCGCGCUAUGGCGGCCCAGACUGUCGUACUCAAGGUUGGCAUGUCCUGCCAAGGCUGUGUUGGAGCUGUUAAGCGGGUUCUGGGCAAGAUGGAAGGUGUUGAAUCUUUCGAUGUAGACAUCAAGGAACAGAAGGUCACAGUGAAGGGUAAUGUAACACCUGAUGCUGUUCUGCAAACUGUUUCCAAGACGGGCAAGAAGACUGAGUUCUGGGAGGCUGAGCCCGUGACAACUGAAUCUGCAGCCGCUCCUGCUGAUGCUACUACUGCCUGACAAGUUCGAUGUAAACAAUCCCAUGUGGAAAGUGUCCAGCAAAAAUGUGAAUGGGUCUGCCCUUAUUGUAUUUAGCUUGGAGAUCUAUAUUACAAAUAAUUGCAAACUGCUAGCUCGAUCUGUACAUUUUACAGAUGCUGUUCCUGUACUGUGAUGUUUCCGUAAGUUUGGGGAAAUGAUAUACCAAUACUUGUAUGAUAUAUAUGUCAUGUUCUUUUAGCA